AUGAUCUUCAAAGAAUCACUAAAGAUCUUCCGAGAAGCCACACCGUCCGAAACAGCCAAGAACCCUGAUCUCGACUUGGAUUACGACGACGAUGACUCUACCAAUUAUGCAGUGCAGAUGUCUCCAAAAGAUAAGGUACAGGCCGCCUUCGACGAGAUUAUUAGCAAGAUCUGCAACAAGACCUUGGACCUAAGAAACGAGGGCUCUCGAGCCGCGUUUAUGGCCGACUAUGGGCUUUUCCUGGAGGAGAGAACCCGGGUCGACAGACAGACCUUCUUCCAUAUAGCAGCGAGCAGGCUGGCACACAGCACCGCCAUACGUUUCGUGGUGAGGAAAAAGAGACAUCUCUUGCAGUACAAAGACGCCAGUGACAGGACCCCUCUACAUGUUGCUAUCGUGUACGGGAACAAUGCCUUUGUGGACGCCAUACUAAAGGAGGUUAAUGGUACGGAAUUGGACCUUCUUCUGCGAGAGACUUGUGCAAAUGGACAGAACUGUAUCCACGCUGCCAUUUAUCACUCCCUGAACCAGGGAUGUGCUUUGAAACUUAUCGAGGGGGCAUCAAACACUACACUUUCUGCGAGCGAUCACAAUGGCCUUACCCCUUUGCAUCUUGCAGUUGAGUAUCAUCGGUCCUCUGCCUCGCAAGUGGGCCUUGUGAGGGCGCUCAUCGCACGCGGGGAUGGGGCCUUGGAUAAAUUUACGACAAAUCCGCCCAGUCUGUCGGUGUACGAAUAUCACCGCUACACGCGGGAAAAAGCGCAUAUGGGUCAACAGGGUGCAAAAUCAGGGAGCUCUCUCGAGCUUCAAGGAGGACAAGUCGAAGACCAGUCAACCCUAGUCAGAGGUAGAAGAGCGCUUGAUGAGCUGCCGAUACAUCAAAAUACCCGAAAUCUGCCGCAACAGAUGGACAAAGGUGAUCAGAGGCAAGAACCAAGGACGGACGUGUCUCGGGAAAUUGAUACGGAUUCGUAUGCAGACAGUAUCCAGCAAGUGAUGAAACUGUAUUACCUUCGAUCAACCUUCGAGAGUGCUCCCGAACGGAAUAUUAGAGACCAGCUCUCUGCAACGAGGUUCCUAUAUGGUGCAAAUAUUCGAAAUGUUAAUCUCUCAUUCGACUUCUCUCAGGGCCCAUUGACCAUAUCUCAAGACUCUUUCGAAGACAGCUACCGUCAUAUGGUCUUCGACGAAGUUCUACGAUACGUAUCGUUCCGACCAGUGCUGUUGCAAAAGCCUCCUGGGCCUGCACCAGGUUCAAGGUUAGCAAAGAAGCUAGCCCAGACUAAAAAAGAGGAUCAGGGUCCGAACGAUCUCGUCUUCUUCUUUAACUGGCUCUAUCGUAAGAAUGUCAGACAUAUUCUCAAGGUUGUCGUCCAUGAUACAGAAGACGCACCCCACACAGAUAAGGCAAUGGUGGAUUGUCUAAGCAAGUUCGAAAUAGAGACGCUGUCUUGGCGGAAGGUUGAUUUGAGUUCUCAGACGUUAUUCAAUGCCUGCCGGAAUUUGAAAGAAGUUUAUCUCCGAUGGAGCGGGAAUUUAUCUAUCUUGAAGACCUGGACUGAGCAGGAUGGCCUCCUAAAAUUGGAGGAACUGGAAUGUGUUCAUCUGGUUUGGAAUAAAGAAGAGGGUCCGGAGACGUUUCACAAAGUGGCUUCCGCAGUCGAAUAUCUUCAAUCAAGGUUCAACCAAGCAGUGGCAGAGAUCAAUACUGCUCGAAGGAAUAAUAACAAGAACAGCAGCCUAGUUGAGCCACGAAACCCAAUCGUCGUCAGAAAAAGCGAAAUCGGGGUUACACCCAACAAGAGACCCAAAGACACAGCCAGUUCAGCCAACGUAUCGAUCGACAUACGAAAAAGACGAAUACAGCCAAAUCGGUGGUUGGAUUGCGUAGACCGAUUUGCAGACGAGCUUCAGAAUGUCAAGUUACUUCCGACAGAUAUGCCUAUGCUGAAGGAAAAUAUCAAGGUAGGCGUCAUUGAUGAUGGGGUUGAUAUUCACAUCGAGUCCCUUCAAGGAAAGGUCAUCGGAGGCGAAUCUUUCGACCGCACAUACCUUGAUGGCAACGGAACCAGUCCAUAUUACAUUUCCGGGGGUGGCCACGGGACGAUGAUGGCAGAUAUGGUCUGCAGGGUUUGCCCAACGGCCAGGUUGUAUGUCUGCAAGCUUGAGAUGCAUCCGGACCCUGACGGUGGCGGUAGGCAAAUCUCCGCCGAAAGCGCUGCAAUGCCUAACAAAUCUCAGGCCGUAAUGGCAGCUGUCCGCCAGAAAGUGGACAUUAUAUCCAUGUCCUGGACAAUUCAGGAAACAGAAGAUAACCAAAGCAGCAUCACCGCACUUCAAGAUGCAAUCAGAGCCGCCUUAGACGCAAAAAUUCUACUCUUCGGCGCCGCAUCCGACAAAGGGGCCGUUACAGAGAUUGAAUAUCCCUGUUUCUUCGACAGACGCAUAUUCAGAAUCGGUGCUUCCACAGCCGAUGGCAGGGUAUAUGGCCCAUCGGGCAACCCGCAGAACCUGAGCUUCAUCUUCCCAGGACAUAAGAUAUCCCCGCGGAGCCCAUAUCUCGAGAAGGGGCUGCCCAUUGAUUCAGAGGAGAAGUCUGGCUCUUCCAUCUCUACUGCUCUAGCAGCAGGACUUGCUGCUCUUGUUCUGCACUGUAUCCGGCUUGGAGCGAUUCAAGCGGAGAUGGAGGCAAGACAGACUGGGAGAUGCUCGUCGACCGCGGUUCGGCUUUCGGAUCUGAAGAAAGCUAGGGACUUUUAUGGUAUGCGAAGUAUCUUUCGGGGAAUGGGCCUGAAUGAGGAUAAUCAGAGGUAUAUUGAGAUCUGGAAGCGACUUGAUGGGCCGGCUAGGAGGCUGAGGUCACCUAGUGGUGAGAGUGCGGAUAUGACUGGGUUGGAGAUUAUUGCUGGGUUGGCUCGCGAUCUUGUUUCGGGGAUUGCGGAUCAUUGA